AUGGGCAAGUGUCCGAUGGAGGAAUUCUACAACCAGAUCCGUCAAUGGUUCAACCCGGUGAAGCACGCUGGCAUGUUGCCCGCGAUCGCCGAGAAGAUACCGGAAGAAUGGUUCACGCCAGCUGAUGGAGAAGUGACGACCGAGAUCCCGGAGCAUGAUCGCGAUCGAAGUCGGCCUCGCGUCAGCGAACACCGCAGAUCUGGCGAUGUGGUGCUCCUCCCUGGGGAGUCCAGAGGGUACUGGAAACAUCAUUCGCCAGGUAAGUGGUUCCGUCAGGCCAAGAUCACUGGCAAGAUCAACAAUGAGAAGUCGAUCUUACUCUUAGAAACCGGCGCCGAGGUGUCCAUCGUGGACACCGCCUUUGCUCGUAAGGUGGGGUGCUAUGUCGACACGAGUCAGAGCCAGGAAUGUGUGGUGAUUGGCGAAAGCGUGUACAUGACGGAAGGAAGGACCAGGGUCAAGGUUACGCUGGCGGGAUCGCUGGUGCAUUUCUUCGAUAUCUGGGUUGGCGAUCUAUCAGGACAAGAGGCGAUCCUGGGUAUGGACUUUAUGGUUCCAGCCGGGAUCCGCCUCGAUCUUGCGGACGGCUCUAUCUGUCUCCCCGACGAAGUCAAUAUCCAGCUUAGCAGACGGCGUCAGCUGUACAACGACAAUGUCAGACACGUGUGUAUAGAUCAGGGAAUGCAGAUCGCGAUCGGGGAUUCGAUCGAGCUUCCGCUACGAAUGAAGAUGACGGAUCGAGAAAAGCUGUGGGUCACCCGUGGAGAUCGCUGGGUGCCGACCGUGGUCCGAGGACCCGGCCGGAUCCGAUAUCUCCAGGUUACCAACAUCAGCGACAAAGACCUCGUCUUGCAUCGGAAUGAACGGAUCGCGAUGUGGCUGGCUGGAGAUCGGAUACCCCGAAUCCCAGGAUAUGUGUCGAUCGGAUCUCGUCGAUACAUGGAAUGGCAGAAUCUAGCCUUUCAAGCCACGACAGAUGACCGGCCGACGAACCAAGAGGCACCAACGGGACCUCCAGUACCUGCCGUCGAGCGACCGAAUUAUCCAACGCCCCGAGCCAUUCUUCAGAGACGCAAGGUAUCCCCGAUCAUCGAUCAGUCGACGAGUCCACCCGAUCCAACAAGCGAACCGGAGGCAAUGAGCCCUGAUCCGGGGGCGACCGUCGUUGAUACGCUUAGAUCAGGAGGCAGACCGUUGCAGGACGAUGAUCGCGUGACAGAGGAGUCGAGGUCGUCAGCUUCAACUGUUCUCGUUGGAGAUCCACCAGACCCACGGUCGGAUCCGGUUGAGUCGAUGGGCAAGUGUCCGAUGGAGGAAUUCUACAACCAGAUCCGUCAAUGGUUCAACCCGGUGAAGCACGCUGGCAUGUUGCCCGCGAUCGCCGAGAAGAUACCGGAAGAAUGGUUCACGCCAGCUGAUGGAGAAGUGACGACCGAGAUCCCGGAGCAUGAUCGCGAUCGAAGUCGGCCUCGCGUCAGCGAACACCGCAGAUCUGGCGAUGUGGUGCUCCUCCCUGGGGAGUCCAGAGGGUACUGGAAACAUCAUUCGCCAGGUAAGUGGUUCCGUCAGGCCAAGAUCACUGGCAAGAUCAACAAUGAGAAGUCGAUCUUACUCUUAGACACCGGCGCCGAGGUGUCCAUCGUGGACACCGCCUUUGCUCGUAAGGUGGGGUGCUAUGUCGACACGAGUCAGAGCCAGGAAUGUGUGGUGAUUGGCGAAAGCGUGUACAUGACGGAAGGAAGGACCAGGGUCAAGGUUACGCUGGCGGGAUCUCUGGUGCAUUUCUUCGAUAUCUGGGUUGGCGAUCUAUCAGGACAAGAGGCGAUCCUGGGUAUGGACUUUAUGGUUCCAGCCGGGAUCCGCCUCGAUCUUGCGGACGGCUCUAUCUGUCUCCCCGACGAAGUCAAUAUCCAGCUUAGCAGACGGCGUCAGCUGUACAACGACAAUGUCAGACACGUGUGUAUAGAUCAGGGAAUGCAGAUCGCGAUCGGGGAUUCGAUCGAGCUUCCGCUACGAAUGAAGAUGACGGAUCGAGAAAAGCUGUGGGUCACCCGUGGAGAUCGCUGGGUGCCGACCGUGGUCCGAGGACCCGGCCGGAUCCGAUAUCUCCAGGUUACCAACAUCAGCGACAAAGACCUCGUCUUGCAUCGGAAUGAACGGAUCGCGAUGUGGCUGGCUGGAGAUCGGAUACCCCGAAUCCCAGGAUAUGUGUCGAUCGGAUCUCGUCGAUACAUGGAAUGGCAGAAUCUAGCCUUUCAAGCCACGACAGAUGACCGGCCGACGAACCAAGAGGCACCAACGGGACCUCCAGUACCUGCCGUCGAGCGACCGAAUUAUCCAACGCCCCGAGCCAUUCUCCAGAGACGCAAGGUAUCCCCGAUCAUCGAUCAGUCGACGAGUCCACCCGAUCCAACAAGCGAACCGGAGGCAAUGAGCCCUGAUCCGGGGGCGACCGUCGUUGAUACGCUUAGAUCAGGAGGCAGACCGUUGCAGGACGAUGAUCGCGUGACAGAGGAGUCGAGGUCGUCAGCUUCAACUGCUCUCGUUGGAGAUCCACCAGACCCACGGUCGGAUCCGGUUGAGUCGGUGUGUGAACCUUCCGGAUUGAUGGAAGGUAUGGAUCUUGGACACGAAGCUCGGACGAAGCGGAGGGAGGGACGUCGCAGACGGCGGGACUGGAGCGAAGGCACUUGA